AGAGUCUGAGCCGCCCGUCGCUCCGCCCCCUGGGAGAGUCGGCGCCACCAUGGAGGAGUAUCACCGCCACUGCGACGAGGUUGGCUUCAAUGCUGAUGAAGCCCACAAUAUUGUCAAAGAGUGUGUAGAUGGAGUGUUAGGAGGUGAGGACUAUAAUCAGAACAACAUCAAUCAGUGGACUGCAAGCAUAGUAGAACAAUCCUUAACACACUUGGUUAAGUUGGGAAAAGCUUAUAAAUACAUUGUGACCUGUGCAGUGGUCCAGAGGAGUGCAUAUGGCUUUCACACCGCCAGUUCAUGCUUUUGGGAUACUACUUCUGAUGGAACCUGUACUGUAAGAUGGGAGAAUCGAACCAUGAACUGCAUUGUCAACGUUUUUGCCAUUGCAAUUGUCCUGUAACUGACUAACAAUGUUGGGCUAAAAAACCAUUAACUUAAGAA